CAAAAGAUGAAUUGGUGAUCACAUUUAUGAUAUAUAUAUUAUAUAUAUAUAUAUAUAUAUACACAUGUAAUUGAUUUAAUAAAAUCAUCACAAAAUCGAAAGAUUUUGGGUUGGUGAAGAAAACAAUGGGAGAAGAUUACUUUCAUCUCAGAGGGAAUUUAUUAAACACUUUCUCAGCAUUAACCAUGAACGAAUUCGUUGAAGAAGAAGAUGUUUUACAACAAAUUAAAGAACAAGAACAAGAGAUUAUAAAGUUGAGAAAACACCUGGCUGAAUAUGCAGUCAAAGAGGCUCAUAUUCAAGACGAGAAGCGUGUUCUUGCAACGCGCAUUGGUUUAAUGUACAAGGCGAUUGAUCAGGAAGAACAAGACCUUGUUGAAGCAACCGCGAAAGCCAUUGCGUAUAGACAAGAUAUAAUUGAAGAGAAUAUACGUGUUGGAUACGCGCUACAGGCAGCGCUAGAAGAAAGGUCUAUAUUUGUAUCAUCUUUAGUACCUUUUCUUGUGGAUCAGUCUAUUCAUCCUGCAGCUCUUGAUGCGGUUUCAGUUGUUAGUAGUUUGAGGAUUUUGUUUAAGCAUAAUAAAGAAAGACUCAAUAUAGCUGAAGAAAAACUAAGGGAUUAUGCCCAUUAUCAAUAUCAACCGCAAAUUUUGCAAUCUUAUAGGAAAGAGGUGUCGUUUAAAGAUUCACCACAGCGCGAAUGGACACAUGCAAGCUUUUCUCCAUCGCCAGAAACAGUUCAUAUGGGCGUUGAGAGACGGAAGAAUGAAGAAGAUGUAGUCAACUCUCAUUAUUUACCGUCGAUUCUUGAAGAAGAACAUGAACAAGAUCAAGAACAAGAACAUUCUUUUUCACAUCAAGAAGAUGAUUAUUCAGAUGAAGAUGAUGAUGAGUAUGAUGACUUUAAUACUAAUAAGCCGCUUCCUACGAUAGAGGGUUUGCAGAUUUUAGGGGAGCCUUUUCCGGGAAAUGAGAUUCAAGCGAGUGGGUACUCAAAAAACGGGACGACACAUUGUGGGUUUGAGUGGGUUCGUCAUUCGCAAGACGGGUCAUUUAUCUACAUAGAAGGUGCAAAACAAUCCAUGUAUACCGUUACAGCAGAUGAUGUAGAUUAUUAUCUUUCUAUUGAAGUUCAACCGCUUGACGACAAACAAAGGAAGGGUGAUGUUAUAAGAUGCUUUGCAAAUGACCACAAAAAGAUCACUUGUCAUCCGGAUAUGAUUCGUGAGAUUGAGAGAACGUUAACUGUAGGUCACGCGAGUUUUAAGUUGGAUGUUUGGAAAGGAUUUUCUGACACAUGGGAACCAGCAGUUUUGGAGAUUAAUAAGAGUGGUUAUAGCAUUAAGUUCUAUGGACCGAACAAUGGUGUUGUAGUUGAUAGCAAGUAUACACCAAAGACGGUUAUUAGUAUACCAGAAGAAGCACCAUUAGAGUUUGCAAUACUCGGUCCUGGUGAUGUUGAGCAGUAUUUAUGUGCAGAUUAUGAUUCAGCCGACGUUUGUUGUUCAAGAGAUACAAUUGUUCUAACAAUGAGAUUAUUUGUCAAACUAGCAGUUGACAAACAGCUAGGGAAGAAGAAGAAGAAGAAGAGAAGGGUUUUGUUCUUCAAAUAAGUUGUAUACUGUAUAUUAGUAUAUAUGUAAGAUCCUUUUGGGCAUAUAUUGAUUGUUGCUUCCUUCAUUCA